AUGGCAGAAAAGCUCGAUUUGAAGAGCAAUCCCGAAAAGGGACAAGCAGAAGAAAAUCCAGAGACCUCAAGUCAACCACAGGCUCCCAUCUCUAGUGCCAACCCCAAGGCAGAGUCAGGGGUCAGUCUUCAUCGACUCACCCAUGCAACCCCGACGAGCGAAGCUCUUCCUCCCACAGCAAACACACACUCUCCCAAGCCAACCGAAUUUGAUCCCCAGCCUGCUGUCACGCUUCCCUACCGCACCCUCAACUCCAGCGCCAACAUCGAUGAGUAUGUCACCGAGGCACCGUCAGGUGAGAUUGACGGCCCGCCCGAGAAUGACGGGAGCGGACGGCACUACAAGCUGGUCACGUUCCUGCCCAACGAUCCAGAGAACCCCAAGAACUGGUCCAAGGCGUUCAAGUGGUACGCGACCAUGGUAGUGGCUCUCACCUGCUUCGUCGUCGCAUUUGCGUCAAGUGUCAUCACCGCAGACAUUGCCGGCGUCGUGGAGGAGUUUGGCGUCAGUGAGGAGGUUGCGCUCCUCAGCAUCACGGUGUUUGUCGUUGGGUUUGGUAUUGGCCCCAUGAUAUUCGCUCCCCUGUCAGAGGUUUACGGCAGACAGAUCAUCUAUGGUUCAACUCUUCUCGUCGCCGUUAUCUUCAUCAUCCCUUGUGCUGUAGCCAAAAACAUCGAAACCCUCCUCGUCUGCAGAGCCAUCGAUGGUAUCGCCUUCUCCGCCCCAAUGACUCUCGUAGGAGGAACGCUUGCCGAUCUGUGGCGUAACGAGGAACGUGGAGUUCCCAUGGCCGCUUUCAGUGCAGCCCCCUUUAUCGGCCCAGCGAUCGGUCCCUUGGUUGGCGGUUACCUGUCUGAUGCCACGGGAUGGCGCUGGCUGUACUGGAUCCAGCUCAUCGUCUCCUUCGUCGUCUGGGUGCUCAUCACCUUUACCGUGCCCGAGACGUACGCACCGACUAUUCUUGCCCGCCGGGCUCAUCAGAUCCGAAAGAAGACCGGAGAGCAGGACCAUGUCACGGAGCAGGACCUCGAUGUCCGCCCGGCGUCGGAGCGGCUUGCUAUCUUCCUCAUCCGGCCCUUCCAGCUGCUGUUCGGCGAGCUCAUCGUCUUUCUCAUUUCCAUCUACAUGAGUGUUUUGUAUGGAUUGUUAUACAUGUUCUUUGUUGCGUUUCCGAUUAUCUACCAGAAAGGGAAAGGCUACUCGGCGGGAACAACUGGUCUCAUGUUUAUUCCCUGUGCCGUUGGCGUCCUCCUGUCCGCCUUCUGCGCCCCCCUCGUGAACAAGAACUACAUGAGCCAAGUGCGCAAGCACAAAGGCAAGCCCCCCGCCGAGGUCCGGCUGAUCCCCAUGAUGUGCUCGUGCUGGUUCAUCCCCAUCGGGCUCUUCAUCUUCGCCUGGACGUCGUACAACGAGCUGUCGUGGGCCGGCCCGGCCAUGGGCGGCUUCUCGGUCGGCUUUGGCUUCAUCUUCCUCUACAACUCGGCCAACAACUACCUCGUCGAUUCGUACCAGCACCAGGCCGCCUCGGCCCUCGCAGCCAAGACCUUCAUCCGCAGCUUCUGGGGCGCCGCCGUCGUGCUCUUCACCACGCAAAUGUACGACCGCCUCGGCAACCAGUGGGCCUCGACCCUGCUCGCCUUUAUCAGCGUCGCCUGCUGCGCCAUCCCGUUCCUGUUUUGGCGCUACGGCGCCCGCAUCCGCAGGAGGAGCAAGUACGCCUAUGCCGGAGAUGACGACGAUGCCAACGUGGGCGCUGCCGCCGCGCAGAACAGCGAGGACUCUUCGGUCGACCUGGAGAAAGGCCGCAACAAGGAGCCCGAGAGGGAUAUGGAGGACUUGAGGAGGGCGCAGAGCUACGUCAGCAACCCGUGA